AUGACUGCAAUCGGAACCUCUUUCACGUGCCUUGCCCAUUUCUUCGGCAAAUGGAUGUUAUAUUCGCCGGUUUGUCAGAUACAAGGAUCCAUUAUGACUUUCUUGGGUCUAUCUCAAAUUGUUCUACUAUCCUGCAUAUCUUUUACAAGAUAUUUGUUAAUUACAGACCCGCGCUUUAGACUUCGAUCGCUUCAUGCCAGACUUAUUGUGUGCAGCAGUUACGGAUUUUGUCUUGUUGUGGCCCUGUGUCCCAUUCUAGGAUGGAGCUAUUACACGCACAAUGCUUCUGGGAUGUCCUGCGAACCGGUCUGGGGAAGUAGUGACGGAACACAUAUAUCUUACAAUAUCUUUAUGCUCGUGGUGUGCUUUGCUAUUCCUCUGCUCACCAUUGUCUUCUCCUACAUCAUGAUUUUCAUCAAGGUUAAGUGUCAAUCUUUGAAGCAGAAUGCAAAAAGAAUUGCUGUCACCCAUACGAUUCUUAUAAUGAUAGUAUUCUUUCUUCUGUCCUGGGUACCUUACACAGUUUACUCCGUGUUUCGAAUGUCUGGAUCAAAUUGGGACCUGAAUCCAAAUUUGGUAUGUAUACCAGGGGUAUUUGCCAAAUCAUCUGCGUUGUGGAAUCCUAUCAUAUACUUUUUACGGAAUUCCGAGUUUCGAAAGCAAUGCAUAAAACACAUCAGAUGCCUUCAAAGAUUUUCUUAUGAGCAAAGAACACCGGCGACACAUUACAUCAUCAGAAGAGGAGACACAGAGAUCAAGUUAAUAGAACUUAUCCCUGGAAAGGAAACGUCACUGUAA